AUGACUUUGGAUUCAAAAUUUAAGUCUUAUGGUCAACAUGAAACUCUUAUUUCAUCCAUUCGUAAUAUCAUAAAGGAUUAUCCCUUUGAAAGUGUAUUCAAAGAAUUCCUUCAGAAUGCUGAUGAUGCUGGUGCAAAAGAGUUUCAUGUAAUCGUUGAUAGUCGCUCACACCCUACCAGUUCUUUACUCUGUGAUGGGAUGAAGGCAUGGCAAGGACCUGCCAUUUUGAUAUUCAACGAUGCAAGAUUCAAAAAUACCGAUUUUGAUUCUCUCAUGCGGAUACGUGUCGGGGGAAAGCAAGAUGAUGAUACAAAAAUUGGAAAGCAUGGAUUGGGUUUCAAUUCGUGCUACCACUUUACAGAUGUUCCUAGUUUCAUCAGCGGUGAUUCUAUUGCAUUUAUGGAUCCUCAGGAAAAAUUCCUACCAAAGAGAAAUGAACUCCCUCAACGUGGUAUCAUUGGCCCUUUUCCCAAAGAAGGCAUUCAUAAUCUUUCUGAAAGAGAUCAAUUUGUUCCUUACGAAGGCAUCAAAGGAAUUGAUUUUAAAUCAACUUUUGAUGGAACGCUCUUCCGGAUUCCACUUAGGCAACGACCGAGCGAAAUAUCUGAUAGGAUCUUUUCCGCAGAGGAAGUUCUUGGACUGUUUAAAAAAAUAAGAUCAACCGUCACUUCCCAGUUUUUAUUUUUACGGAAUAUUGAAAAAAUUGAAGUGUCACAUAUAUCUUUAUCCGACACACCUUUUUUUAAAAUAGAUUCCCUCUGGAAGGCAACUGUAAAUGGAUUGGAUGAAAGCAUACGAAGUAAUAGAAGACAUAUUGUGAAUGGAGAUGUUCGAUUUUUUCAGAUGGAAAUUGAACUGAUUGAUAAUUUGAACAACGUACAAAAUGAUCAAUGGAUUAUUGUAACUGGUGCUCAACCUGACCCUGAAGAUUCUGAAUUGAAAAGAUAUGCAAAACGAUAUCGAUUACUUCAAUCAAUAUUUCGACGAAAGGAUUCACUUUUGAGUCCAGUAAAUGAAAAGCAGAGUGACUUUAAAGGAAGAUUGUUUUCCACCUUUUCACUUCCUGACACCACAUGUUUGUCUGUUCACCUUAAUGGAACCUGGGCUCAAGGUUCAGAUCGGGCAAGAUUGUUGAUUGAAGAAGAUAACGAUUUGCCAGAUAUGGAUCAUCAGAAACUCAAUUGGAAUAGACAUAUCCUACUUGAGUUCCUUCCCAAUCUUCAUUGCAAGCUCUUGGAAGAAAUAAUUAAAUUGCAAAAUCAUAAAAAAAUUGAUUUCAAAAACUGCAUUUCAAAGUUUUGGCCAUUUCCACUUGCUUCUCAUAAUUUUCCAAAGAACGAAAAGGGAAUUCAAAUUAAUGAUCCGCAAAUUACCUAUUUGGCCAGUGCGAUGGAAUCCCUCAAUGACAAAUCUAAAGUUGCGUCAUGCCCCAGUUUCAAUUGGAUAGACGUUAAAAUUUUGAAAGAUCUUGACGCUACCCAAUAUGGAAUUCAUGACUACGCAUUUAAUGAUGUUGACUUACCUGAAAAAAGUGAUAAUGGCUAUGUGGAUUUUCUGAAUUCCGUUAUAGAUAGAGCAACUUCUGACUCUGCAUGUAAAAUCACACCAGGGUUAAAGGAUUUUAAAUUUCCCAAUGCAUUUACAGAAGACCUGAUGCCGAUUUCUGAACUAUACAAUUAUGAUAAUAUUGUUUUUCGAACUGUAUUCGGAAGAAACUCAAAUGUUUUCCUUCAUUUUAAUCUUGUAAAACAUGCAAAAAAAUUAACAAAUAUCGGAUUCAAUGGCAUAUUGGAUUCAAAGGCAUUUAAUAGAUGUGCUUUGAAAAUCGAAGAAAUGCAAGAGAUGGGCAACCCACCACCUGAUAUACGCCAUCGUGGUUUCAUGUUGGUCGAUCACUUUUAUAGUGAAGUGAAUUAUUUUAAAGAAAUUGAUAGGAUUCCAUUCGUUCCAAUUGCUAAAUAUUUGCACAACCCUUACGAUAAGUAUUAUAAUCACCCUCAAGUUUUGGAUUGUUUUAAUAAUAUAAUUCUUCCUCAAUAUAAAGGUGUAGCGUGGAGUCAAAAGGCUUUAAUCGCGGAAGAUGUCAUACCACCUCCGAAUGUACUUAAAAAAUACCCAUCACUUGGUAAACCAAGUGAUAUCACGGUAAUCAAGCAACUUAAAUUCCUGCGUAAUAAACUUAUCAAUGAUGAAGAAUGGAGAAAUUAUUGGAAAGAAACAUUCGUGUCUAACGUUUUUGAGGUUUAUGAAUGGCUUGAAAAAAAAUGUUUAGAUGAAAGUUUGAUGUUGAGGAGAUACAUUACAGCAGAUGAACCAUUAUUCCUUAACCUUAAUAAAAGUCAUGAUCCAUUUGAUACUGACAACUGGGUUUCUGCAAACAAUUUGGUUUUGAAUGCUGAACCAGGUGAAGAUAAAUAUAUAAAUCCUCGCCUGGCAAAGUAUUACUUAAUGCUAAAAAGUGCUGGCGUCCAAGAAAUAAAAACACCAAGUGUCAAAAUACAAGUUAGAGAACAUGAUCAGUCAAGCACUAACAAAAAAGUCCUGCUGGGAAUUUUAUCCAAUCAGAUGAACUCUUUGCAUGACGUUGUUUUUAAUGUAAAAGGCGAGAAAGUAUGGACAAAUCGAAUUAUGCUUGCUGCAAGCUCUGAAUUUUUUCAUCAGAAAUUCACUCCAGGAGGAGAAUAUGCAAACUCUAACCCAGUUACAAUCGUUAUUGAUGAUGAAUUUAAUCCAACCUCGGUACGAAUCUUGUUGCAUUACUUGUAUGGCCAAAAUAUCGAUAAUGCAAUUUUGAAUCAUCAGAACACAGCAAAUCAAACACCAAAUUUCGUAUUAUACGGAGAACUACUUGCGUUGGCAAUCGAUUAUGAAUUAUAUCAUUUAAAAGAACUCAUGGAAUUAAAGCUCUCUCGAAUGGUCACCAGAUCAAACGUGAAUAAUAUAAAAGAUGUAGCAGAAAAUUUAAAUGCAAGCCAACUCGGAGAAUAUUGUGAAUGUUACAUUGAUGAUAAUGAAAAUUUGUGA